UAUCGACUUGAUAUAAUGAUACUACCCUUGUUAUGGAUGCAGUCGACAUUUGGAACGAUCCGCCCACCCCUUUUUCAUGAAGUAGUCUCUGCUCUUCUCUCACUAUCAUCAUUAUCGCCAGCCUUUUCUGAUGCAAUGCGUCGCCAGUUGAAAACUAUAAAGAUGUUUUUGGUGAUUUAAGACUUAAUUUUAAGUCUUUUGGGGAUGUUUUGGUAUGGUCACGUGUCCUCCAUUGACGCGACCUGUGAAGUCUACACUUCAAUGAGCGCCACAUUUCAAAGAGGACCCCGGAGAGAGUCUACAAGUCUACGAGUGUGACAGGUGCACCGGAAUUUAACGUUUUUGAGACUUGGGGUUGUGUGAAAACAAAGAAAACGCAGGUGGUGUAACAAUGAGCUGGGGUUUCCUGACCCGGUUGCUGGAAGAAAUCCACAACCAUUCCACUUUUGUGGGCAAGAUUUGGCUCACCGUCCUCAUCGUCUUCCGCAUUGUCCUGACGGCGGUCGGAGGCGAGUCCAUCUACUACGACGAGCAGAGCAAAUUCGUCUGUAACACCGCUCAGCCGGGCUGCGAGAAUGUCUGCUACGACUCAUUUGCACCGCUCUCGCACGUUCGAUUCUGGGUCUUCCAGAUCAUUCUAGUAGCCACGCCUUCUGUCAUGUACCUGGGCUAUGCCGUUAAUAAGAUCGCCCGUGCGGAGGAAGAAGCGGACUCAGGAGGAGCGAGCGGUUUGUCUCGCAAGAAAGCCAAAAAUCAUUGCCUCGCCGACAGGAAGCAGCACAAACGCAACAAAGUCCUGCAGGAUGAUGAAGAAGAAGAAGACCCCAUGAUUUAUGAAAUGGCUGAGCUGGAAAGCAAUGGCGAUGUCGCAGGAAAAGGAAGCGCUGCACAAGUGAAAGCGAAGACGCGUCACGAUGGACGCCAGAGCAUCAAAAAAAACGGUUUGAUGCGUAUUUACAUCUUCCAGCUUAUAGCGCGUUCCGUUUUGGAAGUGGCCUUCUUAGGAGUCCAGUACAAGCUUUAUGGGUUUGCGGUACCUCCCACAUACAUGUGCUCAGUGCGCCCGUGUCCGUACACCGUGGACUGCUUCAUAUCCCGACCCACGGAGAAGACCAUCUUCCUCCUCAUCAUGUACACCGUCUCCUUGCUUUGUCUGGUUCUCAACAUAUGGGAGAUGCUUCAUCUGGGCACAGCUACCAUCUGCGAGAUUUUACGCUCCCGUAACGGGAACAUGUACGACGAGGACGUCUUCGGAUUGUCAAGAGGGCCGGGUUUGCUUCACACAGAUGAAUAUAACAGCUACCCCUCUUCCUGGAACGCACCGUCAGCGCCGCCGGGAUACAACAUCGCUAUCAAACCCUGCAUGGUCUACACACGACCCCAUGACCAACCACUCCCGUCCACCAACCUCAACAAAAGCAAAACCUUGUGCCCGCAGAACCCUGCCAAAGAGGAGAGUCAGCGAUACUCUAAUGGUAAAGACAACCCGACCGAUGCCCCCGGAAACGCCCACGAGGUGGACCUCCAGCCUCAGCGCCGACAGGACGAUGAAUAUCAAGCCGAUGUUCUGCAGCAGACCCACAGCAACAACCAACGCAAAGCUCCACGUGUACAUAAUCACUGGCAUGCCUCCAAACAUACCUCCGCUAAGGCAAACAGGGGCGGCGGCAGCAACAGCAGCACCAGCGGAAGCUUCAAAUACGGAGAAAUUAAAGGUUCCGAGUGGAUAUAACUAGGAAGAGUUUUCUACCCAGAAGUGCCUUGUUUUUAAAUGUGCCGUGUAGUAUUCAUGCUGCAAUACUUCCAACACCAGCAUAUAUGCAAUAAGAAGCUACAUCACCCCAAACUCGUUCCAUUGAUUUACCCUGCAAAGCCUUGAACUUAACUGCUGUGUAUGUAAAAAUGCAAAAAAAUAUAUAUAUUACAUCUGUUUUAUUGCCCAACAAUAAACUGAGGGCAAAAAAGACAUGUUAUUUUCAAACCGGUGUACUGUACAAUGUUUAGAAUAUCAAUCCAUUCAUUGAUUGUUGUUAAUGUGUCAGACUCCCAAAUAUUCCCAAAGAAUAUGUGUCCUUAAAGUGUUUAAGUUGUCUUAGGGAAUUUUAUUAAAAGUGCAUGUUCUUAAAACUAUUAAAUGUUUUGUAAGCCUCCCAUCACCACUUGCCUGUGUCAGAAUCGUAAUAACAGUGACACCUGCUGGACAAAAUAAAUCAAUACACAAAAUAC